AUGAGCAAACCGGCCGCUUCGUCUCAGUUCUGUUGUGAUUGUCUUACGGCACAGAACCGGUGUUCAUCGGAUUCCUGUCCAUGUUAUGGUGCACGACGUAUGUGCGAUGAGCAUUGUGAAUCAGCAAGGUACCGUGGUGAUUGCCUCAAUCAAGCAAUAUGCAAAUGUUCAUGUGAAACCGAUCCAGCAAGACCGGCAAAGAAUGCAUGUUCCAAAUCGGAACGAUGUGACUGCUUACGGAUCAAGGAACCGUGUAGUAAACUUUGUGCCUGUAAACAGAUAUGCAAGAAUAAGGAGCCGCAGAAAAAAGUACUCAAGAGUGCGAAGUCAACACAAGGUUGUCAGUGCACUAAAGGAAAAAAACAAUGCGUGAAGAAAGAGUGUCCAUGUCGCAUAAUGUAUGAGUUUUGUAACAGCAGCUGCAAGUGCAAUGGUGACUGUACAAAUGGGCCAUCGAAAUUUCAUGUCCCUAAACAUGUGCAAAGUUGCUUCCUAGAACAUAAGAAUGAGAGUAGUGGAUUAAUUCUUACACUAAUCGGCGAUGAUUACAUAUAUCGGGGUGAUUUCUACCAUGAAAGCCGAAGUGAACUUCAUGUUGAAGAGCAACUCGUUGCUGCCAUUUAUGAUCUCAUUUCUAAAUAUAAGGUGGAUCUCUUCGAAGCAGUGAUAUACGUAUCCAAGAGUCCAUGUUUUCACCAGGACUGUGAUCCUAAAUGUGAGGUGGUGGAUGAAUGCAAGAGCAAUAAAGCUUGCGCAAAGUUGCUGGGUUUAUUACUGUCUAAAAUCCGCAAGGAGCUUAGUAAAGUGGAUGUUAAAAUGACUGUCAAAUUUUUAUAUCCACAUUUGAACCGCGGUGAUCUCUAUACGAAGCAGGGUAUUCUCUGCAUGCUUCAGGCUGGCAUAAAAGUCGAACCAUUAUUGCUCAAGGAUUGGUCUGCAGUGAUGGACUGGACUCCACACGCUGAUCACAAAGGAGAAUAUCUGCAGUUAUGGAACAGUCACAAUCUUGAUAAAGCAGUAGCGCAAUCUCAGUCAUUUAUCAACGAGUGUAGGCGUGCGCUCGGUCUGUCAAUGAAGUUUUGGGUUGCCGAAAUACAUGAAAUCGUUAAAAACACUAUCCUGCACUAUUCGGAAAUUCGAACAAAGUGUGGAGAACUGAACAAUGCAUUGAAACAAUUGGAUCUGACAGCAACACCGCAUAAAAUUCGUUCAACGCCAAGCAAGCGCCGCAGCUUCAUUGAUAUGCUCGAGUUACGUGACAAGCUAUUACUAAGGCAUUCGGAUAAGCACAAGAAUGGGAGCAAUAUGUCCGUUGCUAGUGAUGAUGCAAAUGCGCAAGCAAUGGUGGCAUCGUUUUGUGGUCGGUCAUUUGAUGAUGGUGAAACGAAUGAAAUCGCUCAACGAAUUGGUCGUGCUACUGCCAACAUUAACGUGGAAAUUGAAACCUUAUUGGAAUUCUUAGCUCAUAAAGGAGCUAUCGGUUAA